CUGGUAGCCCUGGGCUGGCAAUGGCCACAUGAAUGUCCAACCAACAGGCAGUCACUGAGAUCAGUUAUCAUGUUCUUUGUUCUGGAGCAACAAUCUUCCUGUGCCUAUUUUGCAGAGGGGAAAAAAUCCCUGAAAAGCAAACUGCAAAUGAGGAUUAGCAGUAAUCAGUUCUAGAAAUGAAAUCAGUUCUCAGGGGUCCACAAAAGUCUUCCUUUUCCAGGUUUUUGAAAUCAGAGCUUAUUGGAACGCACACAGUCUGGACACAGUGGGUGGAGUAUGUAGAAGCCUUGCAAAUGCACAAUGGAUACAAAUGAUUUUGUCUAAGUCGUCAUCGUGGACACUCCCUGAGUUCCUGAGCUAAGAGGCUCACUGACUUCCUCUGCAAGCUCUCUCGCGCUCUCGGGGCAAAGAGCCUCCAGCACUCUCAGCAGAAGGGAAAGUAGGAAGUCAAGGCUUCUCAGAGCCACUUCAGAGCAUGUCACCAGAAAAGAGGUACCUCAGUUGCCUCAUCUGUACAUUGGAAUUUAAAAAACAACUGACUUCCAAACAUGGAGUUGUGGACAGACUGUCAGAAACAUCCCAGUCAUUGAAUCUGAAUCUCCAAAAAUGGGCCCAAGAAAUGUGAAUUUGGACAGAACACUCAAGUGUACCAACUGGGGAGAAUCACAUCACCUGCAGUAACCAGGGUGGAAGAUAUAAAGAGGAAGAAUUUGAAACGAUGGUGAAGUGCAAUUAAGAACCAAGACACAAAUGUGGGUGAUCUCCAGUCACGGGGAGGAAGUAUAGAAGUCCCCUUCCCAUCCUUGUCGCAGUCUGGGGGGUUUUGGAAUUCUAGUGAGUUAACUCCAAUCUAUCACUUACAGUGCAACCCAAGGGAAGAUGAGAAAUCGGAAGAUGGCAAGGGAUAAAGAAAGUGCCUAUGGUUCAGAUCAUGACCCGAGGUCCUUGCAGGAGUCUCAGCUGAGGCUCAUCCUGGUGGGCAGAACCGGCACCGGCAAGAGCGCCACUGGGAACAGCAUUUUGGGCACCAAGCGCUUCCAGUCCAGGCUUGCAAGCACCACCGUGACCAGGGCUUGUGAGGCCGCCAGCCGGAAGUGGGGCCGGUGCCACGUGGUUGUCAUCGACACCCCAGACAUUUUCAGCUCCGAAGUUGACCUGACAGACCCUGCGUACACAGAGAGAGGGCGCUGUUACCUGCUGUCUGCCCCCGGGCCACACGCACUGCUCCUGGUCACCCAGCUGGGCCACUACACUCGCCAGGACCAGGUGGCGCUGAGGAAGGUGAAGGAGAUGUUCGGGGAGGAAGUCAUGGCGCAAACCAUCGUUGUCUUCACCAGGAAGAAAGACCUGGCUGGCGGCUCUCUGGAGGAUUACCUGCACCACACGAAGAACCAGGCUCUGCUGAACAUGGUGAACGAGUGUGGUGGCCAAGCCUACGCCUUGGACAAUCGGGCCACUGGUAAGGAGCUGGAGGCGCAGGUGAAGGAGCUGCUGCACAAGGUUGAGGCCUUGGUGCUCAAGCGUGGGGGCGCGCCCUACACCAACCAGGUGUACAGCUUCAUGCACACGCAGCAAGGGACAUGCCCGGAGGAUCAGGUCUCACGUGUGGCAGAUAAGCUGGCAGUUUACAUGUCCCGGUCUCUCAGAGCCAGGCUGCUGGCUAGGCUGUUGGGGUGGCCCAAGUACCCCUGGAUCUGCUGGAGAUCCUGUGUGGGCAUCUUCGUGGGAGUCGCCGUCCUGGUGUAUGUGCUGUUCCACCGACGCGCACCCCAGGCCGUCAGUGACCUGAAUCCUGCAUACUUCCUGGCAUCUGUACUCUCUAAGUUCUCCACUCGAUCCCCGGUACCGAUAAAAAGGAAGAGGACAAAAAAAAAAAAAAAAAAAAGCGAAGCGGUCUUUUCUUCCCUCAACCCCACCCCAAUAAACCCACAGUCCCCAAACGUAGCGCGGCCUCUGUCUCCAAAUGCGCUCGCGGGUGGGUCCCCAAGGAAGGGCGAGGCCGGGGCCGCCCUGCUGUGGCUGUGGCAGAGGCGGGCGGCAGGUGGCGCGAUCGCCGGCCGCAGCCGCAGCCCCCCCUGCGGGCGCCAGGCGGGUCGAGCGCCCCCACCCAUCCGGUUCUCCCUCUGCUGGGGCCUCGCCUGCGCCGCCGCCGAGCUGCAGCAGGUGGCGGGACCCAGGAGGAGCCCAGCGUGCCGGAAGAGCAUGGAGGGCUCGCAGAAGACCACAUACGGAGCCAUGGCUGCAGGGGGACCGGAAGACAACAGGUUUGCAGUGCGGCCUCCAUUGAGGAUCCUCCUGGUGGGCAGAACAGGCAGUGGAAAGAGCGCCACAGGCAACAGCAUCCUCUGCCGCCCAGCCUUUGAUUCCAGGCUGCAGGCCCAGACGGUGACCAGUGCAUGCCAGGAGGAGAUGGGUACCUGGGACGGGAGGACCAUCCUGGUGAUUGAUACACCCCCUAUCUUUGAGGCAAAGGCCUGGACUCAAGAGAUGUACAGGGACAUCGGAGACUGCUACCUGCGGUCUGCCCCAGGGCCCCACGUGCUGCUCCUGGUGACCCAGCUGGGCCGCUUCACGGCCCAGGACACCAUGGCAGUGAGGAGGGUAAAGGAGGUCUUCGGGGCAGAAACCAUGAGGCACAUGGUCAUCUUGUUCACCCACAAGGAAGACUUGGGGGCCGAGUCCCUGGAUGAGUAUGUGCAGAACACGGACAACCGUGGCCUGCAGGCCCUGGUGCGGGAGUGUGGGAGGAGGUACUGUGCCUUCAACAACCAGGCAGCCGGCCAGGAGCAGCAUGGCCAGCUGGCCGAGCUCAGGGCGGUGCUGGACAGGCUGGAGCGCGAGCUGGAAGGCUGCUUCCUCAGCAAUGACCUCUUCCUGUGGGCCCACGUACUGCGGCAAGGUGGGGACGCUGCCGGCCAGGAAGACCACAGCCGCUACCUGGCCCAGGUGAGGCAGCAGGUGGAGAAGCAGAGGCGAGAGCUGAGAGAGAUGGAGAGCUGCUGCCUGUGCAGGGCGUUCCUCAGAGCCCAGCACUGGGUAGGGUCUCAUGUUGUAAUAUCUGCCUGUCUUAUUAUAUGUGGUUUGAUUUUUCUUGUACUUUUAAUUAACUUUACUCUUCUUCAGGGGAAAUAAACAUUUUCUGGUAAUUUGUA